GCCGGUUGUCACCUUCGCUCUUCGCCGGGGCUAAUUUGUUAGACAGCAUCGUUUGAAACCUUCAUUAUUCCAUCAGGUCUUUGGUGAAAUCUGUUUCGGAGCAUUUGAUAGGGUAUUGCCGGUUUUGUAUUGACAAACGUCAUACACAAAGAAUUAUUUGGGUUCAGUAGGAUUGUUAGUUUAGACCCCAUUUUCCGUCAUGAUUACGGUAAAAUUUGUACCGGACGUACCUCUUCUCAGUUUUUGUGCCGUGAUUUUUCUGAUUGCAAACAGCGUAGUGGCAGAAGACCUCUACGAGGUUCUUGGAGUUUCAAGAUCAGCCACACAACAGGAGAUCAAGAAAGCAUACAAAAAUUUAGCCAAGGAAUGGCAUCCUGACAAAAACAAAGAUCCAGAUGCUACAGCUAUAUUCACCAAAAUUAAUGAAGCUUAUGAGACUUUGGGUGAGCCUGAGAGGCGGCACCAAUAUGAUCACUAUGGCUACACCACGGCGCAGGAGCCCAACCGACAGCACCAACAUCACGGGGACUUUGGCUUUUUCAAUCAAGGGCCAUUUGGAGGGUUUAAGUUUCACUUCCGUGGGGCGGAAGCUAUUUUUGAUAAAUACCUUCUGACUUUAAGAGCAUACGAAACUAGAGUUUUUCCGGACAGUCACAAGCGGCCUUACAUUAUCUACGCCUACUCGGAUUUUUGUUUCCAGUGUAUGAGGAUGGAGCAUAUCUUGGAGAAAUUCUUCAAGGAUUUGGAUGGCAUAGGAUUUGGUUUGGGAGCAAUUCAUGCGGGUGUUAACCAAGCCUUAACAACUCACCUGCGACUUCAUGAGGUUCCAGCCAUCAUGGGGCUAAGUCAGGGGCGUUUGACUUUCCUCAAGGGUGUGGUCAACUUGCAGACCCUGAAGGACUUUGCUAGAGGCCUCUUCCCAUCUCAGCUUGUCAAUAUGGUGACUGAUGAAGGACUGGACUCAUUCUUAAGUGGCUGGCAACAGGAUAAUCAGGUCCGGGGAAUCUUUUUUUCUCGCAAAGACACCCCGCCUGCUCGAUUCUUGCUGAGUGCAUUUAAAAACAGAGACCGUAUUAAAUCGGCCUUGGUUCACAUUUACUCGCCGGAUGCCAAGGAAAUUCUCUUGAAGUACGGAGUUGACCAAUCUAAAGAAACAUUGCUCAUGUUUAAGGAAGAUCCAAAAGUAGCAGUAGCAACUGUGUCGAUGCAUCAGAUCCCCAGAUCUACGUUAGAUGAAGUCAUGGAAUCCAACAAGUUCCUGACAUUACCCAGACUCUCCAGUCAAGGUUAUUUUGAUGACCUCUGCCCAGAGACCGAGAGUGUCCGCCGGAGAAAGUUGUGUGUUGUGUUGGUAACGCAAAAGUCCACCGACCAUGACUAUUACCGCUCAACGUUCAGAAAGUUUGCCCGAAAAUUCACCACUUUUCGAGACAAAGUGACACUGACGUACGUGUUUGAGGACACUCAGAAGUCCUGGAUACAGAUGUUGUCUGAAGGUCGUGAUAGCAAAGUCAACCAAUCCGCUCUGAAGGUGGCAAUAAUCUGGAGACUUGCUAAGAGGAAUCUGAACUUUGAAUGGCUGGAGCCUGGCUGGCCCAAAGAGAAAACCGACCAGGAGAGGAGCAUCGCAGUGUUGAACUCCCGACUGGAACAUCUUCUCAGUACUCAGUCCAAUCUAUUACAUCGUGCCUUGCUACCAGAGCUCUACAACGAACAUGCCCUGAGUAUAUUAACAAGGAUAUUGUACAGGCUAUUGGACUGGUGGGACCGCAUUGUGUACUUUGUCAUGGGUUACGACUCUGCCACCUGGAGUUUGUUGACAUUCUCAGCAGCCAUUGUGUUUCUGCUUGGGUAUGUCAUGCAGAAAAUGAUGAUGGUAGAGGAGGCCAAUGUUGAGCGCAUGCGCCCGAAACGAGCCAAACCACGCCCACCUAACAGGACUGAAGACAACACGGUGUACGUUCAUCCUCUGCGGGCCGAAUCCUAUGACAUGCUGGUGCGUCAGUCAGACACUGGGCUCACUGUCACCAUUCUGGUGGACUUGCCUUCCAGAGAAAAACUGCUGCAGAGAUUUGUGGAGAUUAUGUUCCCACAUUCAAGGUACAGUGGACUAACGUUUGCUUUCCUACAGUUGGAGCAUUACCUGGGUUGGUAUAAAUCUCUUCUGGAGGACAGCACUGACAAUCGCACUCAACUGGAUAAUAUCAAGGUGCGCAACUGUGUCGGCACUGUCCUAGCCAUCAACGGCUUCAGGAAAUAUUAUUACCUCUACCAUCCCAAGAGAGCGCGUAUUUACAUGCGACAGAACCAAAAAAUUAAUGUCGGUCGUGCUAUGGGCCUUUAUGAUACAGACGAUUCCAGCACGGAUGAUGAGAAAAUUGCUGAAGAGCUUGAAGAUUCCACUCCGAUAUUUGAGGAGAACCUGUUGGAUGGUUUGACAAACUGGAUGGACCGAGUAUUUGAUGGCUCUGUGAGAAGGAUUCGUGUCAAGGAAUGGCCUGAUAUUAUGCCAUAAGCAGUUAGAACCCUCUUGUGAUGAGUUUCUCAAAUCUUGUGUUUUUGAAAACCCCAAAUGUCUCUCAUAUUGUGUUCAUUUUAUAUUCAUAAAGUGUUUUAAAUAUUGUGUCAUGAAACCUAGAGUUUCUCAGAUGUUUUGUCAUACUAUAAGUUGAAAAACCAGAAUCUCUCAGAUGUUGUGUUCAAAGAUUAGAAUGUCGCAGAUGUUGUGUUGCAAACAACUGAAGAUUGAGAAUGUCUCACUUUAUAUUGUGUGGUUAGCUACUGACACCAAGACUGUCUCGAACUGAUUGUGUUGAUAUCUCCUGGCACUCUCUCAGACAUGAUUGUGUUGGUAUCUCCUGAUGCUGUCACAGACAUGAUUGUGUUGGUAUCUCCUGACGCUGUCACAGACAUGAUUGUGUUGAUAUCUCCUGGCACUCUCUCAGACAUGAUUGUGUUGGUAUCUCCUGACGCUGUCACAGACAUGAUUGUGUUGGUAUCUCCUGACACUCACUAUAUAAGACAUGAUUGUGUUGAUAUCUCCUGACACUGUCUCAGACAUGAUUGUGUUGACAGCUCCUAACACUCACUGUCUCAGACAUGAUUGUGUUAAUAACUCCUGACACUGUCUGAGACAUGAUUGUGUUGAUAGCUCCUGACACUGUCUCAGACAUGAUCGUAUUGAUAGCUCCUGACACUGUCUCAGACAUGAUUGUGUUGACAGUUCCUGACAUUCACUCUCAGACAUGAUUGUGUUAAUAACUCCUGACAAAGUCUCAGACAUGAUUGUGUUGAUAGCUCCUGACACUGUCGCAGAUAUAAUUGAGUUGAUAGCUCCCGACUCUCACUGUCUCAGACAUGAUUGUGUUGAUAACUCCUGACACUCCUAUGCUCCUGAAACUCACACUGUCUCUAAUAUGAUUGUGUUGAUAGCUCCUGACACUGUGGCAGACAUAAUUGUGUUGAUAGCUCCCGACUUUCACUGUCGCAGACAUGAUUGUGUUGAUAACUCCUGACACUCCUAUGCUCCUGAAACUCACACUGUCUCUAACAUGAUUGUGUUGAUAGCUCUUAACACUCACCAUCUCAGACAUGAUUGUGUUGAUAGCCCCUGACACUCACCGUCUCAGACAUGAUUGUGCUGAUAGCUCUUGUUUUUGAUACAGUAUGGUAAAACAUUGUUCCUCUCCUAAUGUGUAUGUCUUCCUGGUACAGGAUAGUGAAAAUCUAAUGGGUUACUUUCUAACCAGCCGGCAUUCCCAUUGUCACUGUAGAGAAUAGUAGCUGGUAUUGUGAACCAUUUUAAUUUAUUGAAUGGAAAUAAGCCAUAUCUUGUAGUCAUUUACCUUGUGACUGUGAUUAAUUAUCAAAACAAUGUUAAUGACCUGUAUCAGUGUAGAUGUUUUCGUGUCUGUGAAUGUUUUGAAUGAUGUUUAAAUAACUUGUAAUGUUAGUGUUCAGCACUUGUGUAUGGGUACAUAUAUAUAGUGUAAGGUCAUGAUGACUUUAGCUAGACACCGGGCAAAUUGAAUAAAUGGGAAUUGGCAGCAUUAUGAAAUAAGCUAAGAUGAAUUUAUAAAGCGCCAUGCUAUGAAAUUAAUGUGUAUACAGAAAUGUAAUUGAUCCUAUAACCAUAGCCUGAGAUAUGCACAAUCAGCAUUAGUGUUCUUUUCAGGGGAGGUAAUCCAGUAAUCAUUCGUCAUCGCAAAAUGCAUUUGUGACCACUAAACAAAGCCUCUCCAGGCAUUGGUAGUCUUGUGCCUUUUGGGUGACCAUUUUAAUCAGAUUUUCAACAUGGUUUUUUUUGGGGUAUAUGUAGGUAUUUUUAUCCCCUUAAACUGAUUCAGAGAUAUUUAUUUUAAUUUAUUUAGUUAAACUUAUGCUGUAGAAUGAGAGAAAUUCAUGAUAAAAACUAGAGCAUCCAUUUGUAGAGGUAUAUGCCUGGAGGGGAAGCAAUCAGAUGCUGGAUUCAGAUUAUCUGAUAAUGACUUCAGAUUUAAAAUAAUGGAGCAUGUGACACAGGUGUUACUCUUCAACAGGACUACUUCUUUGUGAACGGUAGAGGGCUAUAAAAAUAGUUUGUAACUUAGCAUUGCUGUCAACAUGAAGACAGACGGGUUGAUCUUUGUGAUGAAAUGCACAGCCUUUACCUUCAGUAUUGAGCAUUGAUAAGUGAUUGUCCAUAAACAGCUGGUUUUAUUUUAACUAUGGUCAUAUGACUAUCAAUAAUGGAGUGGUUCUAUAAUGUAGACUAUCAGUACAUGAUUGUCAAUAAUAGGUUAGUUGUGUGUUAGCUGUUGCUACAUGAUUAUCGGUAAUGGGCUGGUUCUAUAUUGAUAAUACAUGAUUAUAAGUGGUCUCAUGCUUCUGUGCUGACUAUCAGUGCAUGAUUGUCAAUAAUGGGCUGGUUCCAUGUUGGCUAUCAGUACAUGAUGGUCAAUAAUUGGCAAGUUUUGUGUUGACUAACAGUACACAAUUGUCAGUAAUGGGCUGGUGCUGUGUUGACUAUCAGUACAUGAUUGUCAGUAAUGGGCAGAUUCUGUGUUGAUUAUCAGGGCAUGAUUGUCAGUAAUGGGCUGGUUCUGUGUUGACUAUCAGUACAUGAUUGUCAAUAAUUGGCUAGUUCUGUGUUGACUAACAGUACACAAUUGUCAGUAAUGGGCUGGUUCUGUGUUGACUAUCAGUACAUGAUUG